AUGCUCAAGACUUUGGUUCCCAGGACCGGCCGGUCACUACUCUCAACCAAGGUUCCGCAGUUUGGCCCAGCAAACCUAAGGGUCGCCCCAAGCUUCCAGAUCCUCUCCCAGAACCAACAGAGAAGUAGAGGUUACGCUUCGGAAGCUUCAGAAUAUGAUGUUCUCUUCAUUGGAGGCGGCGUUGCUGGUUAUGUCGGCGCCAUCAAAGCUGGACAGGAGGGUUUCAAGACCGCCUGCAUCGAGAAGCGCGGUGCCCUUGGUGGUACAUGCUUGAACGUCGGCUGCAUACCCUCAAAGUCCCUCCUCAACAAUUCACAUCUCUACCACCAGAUAUUACACGACACGAAAAAGCGAGGCAUUGACGUCGGCGAUGUCAAACUCAACCUGAGACAAAUGAUGAAGGCAAAAGAAGAAUCCGUCGCCGGUCUGACCAAGGGCGUCGAAUUCCUCUUCAAAAAGAACAAGGUUGACUACAUCAAAGGCACUGGAUCAUUUGUCGACGAGCACACCGUCAGGGUCAACCUCGUAGACGGGGGCGAAGCAGACAUCAAGGCCAAGAACAUCAUCAUCGCCACCGGUAGCGAAUCCACUCCUUUCCCUGGACUCGAGAUCGACGAGAAAAAGGUCAUUACAAGCACUGGCGCUAUCGCCCUGGAAGAGGUUCCAAAGAGACUCACUGUCAUUGGUGGCGGCAUUAUCGGUCUCGAGAUGGCAUCCGUAUGGGCUCGUCUCGGCUCUCAAGUCACUGUCGUUGAAUUCCUCGGCCAGAUUGGUGGCCCCGGUAUGGAUGCUGACGUCGCCAAGCAAGCCCAAAAGAUUCUAGGCAAACAAGGCAUCAAGUUCAAGUUGAACACCAAAGUCACAUCGGGCGACCCGAGUGGUGAAACCGUCAAGCUCGAGGUGGAGGCUGCCAAAGGUGGUAAGAAUGAAACUCUGGAAUCCGAGGUCGUUUUGGUCGCAAUCGGCCGCAGACCUUAUACCGAUGGUCUCGGCUUGGAGAAUAUCGGUAUCGAACUCGAUGACAAGAAGCGCCUCGUCAUUGACCAAGAGUAUCGCACCAAGAUUCCCCACAUCCGCGUCGUCGGAGAUGUGACUUUCGGCCCUAUGCUGGCGCACAAGGCCGAGGAAGAGGGAGUAGCCGUCGUUGAGUACAUCAAAAAGGGCUUUGGCCACGUCAACUACGGCGCCAUUCCCUCCGUGAUGUACACACAUCCCGAAGUCGCGUGGGUGGGCCAGAACGAGCAAGAACUCAAAGCGGCCGGCGUCAAGUACAAGGUCGGAAGCUUCCCCUUCACAGCCAACUCGAGAGCCAAGACGAAUCUGGAAACCGACGGAUUUGUCAAGUUCUUGUCAGACGCCGAGACGGACCGCAUCUUGGGUGUCCAUAUCAUCGGGGCUAAUGCCGGUGAGAUGAUCGCCGAAGGAACACUGGCCCUGGAGUAUGGCGCCAGCAGUGAAGACGUCGCUCGAACAUGCCAUGCUCAUCCCACAUUGGCAGAGGCGUUCAAGGAGGCCGCCAUGAGCACUUACUCACAAGCCAUCCAUUACUAA